AUGUCUGUUAUCAGCAAUACUAGUACCAACAGUAACAACGUUGACCGUACUGCACUAUUAUCCUUAUUAAACGACAUCAAAGAAUUAUUUAACAAUGGCCCAACUAAUGCUGCAACCGUUGCUAUGCUUACUUUUAUUGAUGGUACUUUGAACCCCAUGAUUGCUAAAAGCGGCACAGAUGAAUUCAUUACCUCACUUUCUAUGUUCCAUGAUGGCGAAUUUAUAACAAAGUUUUAUAACAAAGUUUUCGAUAUUAUAGAUACCAUUGACCACCCCACUGUAACAUCUAAUAACAACGAACAGUAUUUAUUCCAAUUACUUAGAAUUUAUAGAGGUUUGUUACUACUUGUUAACAAUUUAAUAGUAUCAGCAGAUCUUACAAUUAGUAUUGAUAGCACUCCCAUUAAAGAUUUGAACCUAUUGCUGGUUGAUAAAAUAAUAAAGAAUUUCAAUAAUUGUUGCACAAAUAUAGUUUUAUCAUCAGAUCAGGUCAAUUUAUCUCUAGCAUUACUAUACAACACUAUUUGUAAAUUAUUAUUUAAUAUUACAAACAAGUUCCAACUGAAUAUUGAAAAUGAUGAUGAUAUUUUAUUAUUAUUUUUAACUUUUUAUGAGAAACAUCUGACUUCCAACAAUGCCGAAUUUUAUUUACCCUGGUUACUGUUAUUGAACAACAUACUUUCAUCAUUAAAAGAUUCACAUUUAGUAUCCCAAAUACUUCUGACUACCGAUAUUGUCAACAAAGUACUAUUAACGAUAUACAAUAACGAUAAAAUGUUUCGUUUUUUCCAAAACACUAAUACUGAACCUAUAGAUAUUUCGCAUUUAACCUUUAUUAAAGUUUGGAAAAAACUAUUAAUUUCAAAUGAAUAUAUUUCAAGAUAUAUAGAAUCGUUAUAUGCCACUAAUAACACGGCGUUAUUAGCACAACUUUUGGACGUUUCUACCAUAAUUAUUACUAGUAUUGAUUUAUGGGACAACCAUGAUAUUAUAAAUAUAAUGAUAUGGUGCAUUUUUUUAAUAAAAGAGAAAUUGUUCAAUGAAGUAAAGGAUUGUUUAUUAUCAUCGAAUACUACCACUGUUGAUACAACCUACCCUAUUUUAGUUAAUGUCUUGGACAUUUUAACCAAGAUAACUACAUUUAAAGAAAGCGCAUCCUAUAUAUUACACUACAAGGAAACAUUCCCCCUUUUAAUCUCACUUUUAAAGCUAUUGAAUGAUCAUAUCCCCAAACUCAACCCUCAUAAAAACCCGGACUUAAAACCAUCAAAGAGUACGUUCCCCCACUGCAAAUCCUUGCUUGUGGAAAUAUUUACCAAUUUGACCUUUGAAAAUCAUCAAAUACAAGAUUUAAUGAGGAUACAUCACGGUAUUGAACUAGUUUUAAACAAUUGUGAGAUUGAUGAAAAUGAACCAUUUAUCAAAGAGAGAAGUAUUAUUUGUAUUAAAUAUUUAUUAGCCAAUAAUAAAGAAAACCAAGUAAUUAUAAGGGAUUUAGAGGAGAAAAAACAAAAAAAAAAUUAG